AUGUCGUCGUUAUUACGACUUCCUACGCUUGAUCGACCAUAUCUGGGCCUCACCAAGAGGUUUAGUCUACUCUCCACAAACACAGCUUCCUCCACAUACGAUGAGUUCACCUCGAGUACCGUCUCACUCACCACGCUUCCGUCCUUGGAGCGGCUAGAAAGCGAUGACUUCCUGAAUAUGUUUGAUGAUGCCACCAUACAAGCAAGUCGACUACAGGAACUGUCAACAAAUCCAUCUCUUCAAGAGCCUCCAUCCACUCCAACGACGACUCGCUUCCCCGAGCUGCACGGUACACCUGUUCAACGGUUUGAGCUUGCGCCAACAUCGACGUCCCCUCGAGUCCUGCGACGUAAGAAUAUGAAGAUUGCUGCGUUGAGCGAGCAGGAUCAGGUUGGCUAUAGAUCCAGCGUGUCCUCCUCAAUCCCUUCAACAAAAUUGAGUAAUGCCUCCUCCUGUAUGUCACGGCGAUCCUCAAAGUCUAGUCAAACAGAAGACCUGUCUUCGUCCGACUAUUCUGCAAAGGAGUCGGACAAAGAGAAUGCGUUACACGAAAGGCUGAAGAGACGUACGAGAGGGAAGAGUAUCAGCUUUGGAAGUAUGGCAGGUCUCAAGGCCAGAUCAGAAACUUCUCUGCCUGUGGUGUAUAGAGACGAACCGCGUAGAAAUCGCCAGGGACAGAGACCGUCGAGUCGGGGCGAGAGACUAGGUCGAGCCAUGGCAGACAGCACGAGCCCUCCACAGACACCAAAGUCGUCGACUACAAUCCAUGUCCGCCAGGAACGGCAUAUCAGUAAUACUUCUGCUCCCCGAAAAUCGUCACCCAGCUCUCCAAAGACAGUGCGUCCGAGCAAGUCAGCAGUACCUUCUGUGGUAGACAACGUUGACUAUGUCAGGAUGAGUAUCAUGUCACAUCUUGAACACAUCGAUGAUCUGCAAGCUUGUGCUCAGGUCAGUUGGGAUUUCUACGUGACGUUUCAGAAAUACGAGACUAUGCUUGUGGAUUCUGUUUUGUACCGCCAAUCACCAGCCGCUUGGGAACUUCGAUACUCGGUAAGACAUCUUGAAAAACCGAGCCCGUUUCGUCUGCGAUCUGUGUUGAGGGAUUACGCGACUGUCCAAGCUCUAGAGGACUUCAUUGUCUGGCGCUGCCAAUUCAUAUUGCGACCCCAAUCGCUUGCUGCUUUGCUAGGUGAUGAACCUAACAGAAAAGCAGAACUCGAGGACGCGGUUUGGUUAAUCUGGUGCUUCUGCAACGCUUUCGGGAAGACUUCAGCGUCUGAUGCUACGCUGUCAAAACAGGCACAAUGGCUUAACGGGGGCGUCACUCAAUAUGGUCAAUCUUCCACCAGGUCAGAUUACUUCAGACCAGCAUGUACUAUGAAGCAGUUGGAAGAUAUGAGUGAGCUCUGGAGAUGCUUAGAGAACCUACUGUCAGGCUUCAGAGGUCGGGAAGACGAGGCACGCCAGGCAGGCAUUUUCGACAAUGCGAAAGAGGCGAAAGUCUCUGAUAGCGUCCUGCUCAGUGCCUGGAUACAUGACAUCUUAUCUCUCGGACCUAAAGCUGUUCUUACACUGUCGUCGUGCGACUUUGAGCAGGCCAAAGUUCUUGGCAUAACAAGGUGGUCUCCACCUACGAAAGGUAGGAGUCGUGCGACUUUUCUCAAAGCCGCUGUCGAGGACGUCUACCGCGAAAGGUUGAUGAAACAGGCACGUCAAAAGGCUCAAGACUACAGGAAAAGUGUCCAGCAUAGCCACAAACGCAGCUCUUCCGAUCCGGCUCAUGCUGUAAUAAACGGACCGUUACAUUCGAUGCAGGCGCACAGACAGUCGCUACGAGUUGAUACACGACAAACAAAUAGGCAAUCGAUGUCUCUGCAAGGCUUUCCUUCGAUAAAUGAACGUAUUGACAUUCGACCUGAUUGCGACCCAUUGUCCCCAGUCAAUUCCACACCUAUACCGUCAACAAACUCAAACCCUAUGCUCUUCUCUCCGCUGUCAUUGACAAAGAAUGUGAGCGCAAAAUUAGGACCGACACUCUUCCCAAUGCAGAACAGAGAUCAGUCGCAGAGAUAUUCCGUAUCUGCUGUCAGGACAUCAUCGAACAGUGGCGGAGAGCAAGCAACAGACGUGAUAGACCCGACAGACAAAGCCGUGGCCCUUUUGGUGCAAGAUAUGGGGUUUCCAGAGUUGGAGGCAAAACGAGCGCUGGCCAUGAGCGAUACAGGCUCCGGGAUCAGUGUAGAACGUGCUAUUGAGUUAAUGGCCGCAGGAGUGCAGAGACCCCUGAUAUCUCGAGAGCCGGCGGUAUGCGAGUUACCUGCUGCAGUGGGCAACGCACGUUUGACGCGCAAAUCCAGCAAGCGAGAAGUAUGUGAAGGACACUGCAAACCACUUUUGCUCGUUGAAUCGAGAAGAGAUCGUGUCAGUGGGUUAGGCAUGGUCAAGCGAGGCCUGAGCUACCGUAUGAGUUUUAGAAAGAGCAAUCGUCUGAGUAUGAUUCCUGACGACGAAGAAACACCUCCAAACAGCCCAGCAAGAUCUAACGCCUCAAGCAAUUACACCACACGAAAUCGGGAUUUAGCACUGUCUCAAUUAGCAUCAUCGACAGUGUCAGUCUUGACAGCGCCACUAUUCACGGAAGAUUCAUCGUCAGCCACGCAGAAAUCUAAUAUUGUCUUGGCGCCGAUCGCUGAUCAAGCCCCCGUGUCACCCAUUGUACCGGCAGCACCGUAUUGGCUCAGGACAGACACGAAUAGUGCCGUCAACGUCCAUGCACAUCUCGAAGGCAGCGUUCCAUAUUCUGAAAUUCCUCCGAAACCACGCAUCACCUUACAGAGAGUCGGCACCGGAGUUCGAAAAUCUGGCUGGGCACUUCCUGGCAGAAGAAAGGCACAAAAUACACCGCCUGAAAUCAUUGGAUAUGCAUAUUAG